AUGGAUAUCACCAGAUCGAUCGUCUCCGAGCGCGAGCGGGCUUUGCUAGGAGGGGACUAUGAUGCCUAUCAUGCGCAAGCCACCCGCAAAAUCCACAACCUCCGCAGGCGACUCGGUGCCGCAACCCGGGGAAGAAAAUACACUCCCAAAGCCCCAGUGACUGCAGAAAAUGUGGCCAAAAACGCAGAAUGGGUGCAACUGCUUCUAGCCAGCUCUGAACGGGCAUGGGCGUCUUCGAUGGCCAUGAAAUCGGCCCAGUCGGCAGAGAACACUCAGAAGCCCAUGCCUGGUUCCACGAAAAAACAAAUUGCUUCCAGGCUCCGAAGAGCCAUCACCUACGCCGAUAACCUCGUGACUGUUCUGCAAGAUCGCAGCACGACUGGCGCACAAGCGAUAGACGAACUCGAAGCACGUGCUUAUCUCGCCAUGUUAAGAGGUAGUCUGGAUUUUGAGAAGGGAAGAUGGCAGGAAUGUAUUCAACAUUACUCCAUCGCCCAGGUUGUGUACACGACAUUAGCACGCUCAUCAAAGACGGACACGUACAAAGAAUUGUUAUCGGGCAUCGUGGACCCCAGCAUUCGUUAUGCCGCAUAUCAGAUGAAGAUGCCCCGCACCAGGACCAUCAAUGAUAUCGCCAUUGAGAACUUUCCCAAGAGUGAAGCUGCUGUCAGGAGCACAGUCGAAGACAUUAAUCCACAGGCAUUCUCGACAGGGACUGAGGCGGCUCCCACCAAAGGAGGACCUAAGGAAAUCCCCUCUACAAUUUCUUGGAGGAGUAGGAAAGUGAAUUUGGAAGACGCCAAUAUAUCUCAAGCUCUUGGUUUCUCUAAAGAACGGGAAGACGAGUUGGACAGCACCUACAAAUCCUUCAAAGAUGGAUCUGUUAGUGCCAAAGACCUAGCAACCGCAUACGAAGAAGUCAUCACGGCCCGUCAGGAUGCCGCCGAUGCCACGAAGACCGCUAUCGACGAGCUGAUUGCCGAAGGUGUUGACACUGGUGAUUCUCGGCUGCAGUCUCUGCAAAUCACCCGCACGGCCGUCAACUAUGCCGUGAUCGAAUGGCGGAUUGGGCGCAAUAGAAUCCUCUGUGGUGCUGAUGACGAUGGUCUGGCCUUUGAACCUGAGAAGCCGACCAAGAGCUUGAAGCCACGCAAGGACGGCAAACCUCGCGCGCCCAAGGAGGAGAGUUCGGGCCGCAAGCUAUCGAGGCUGCGCGAGAGGGUUGCUCUGUACGACUCGAUUCUGCGGAGUCUCGACGCUGUCAAGGAACUCCCCGGUGUCAUUGCGGACAGUGCUUUUGUGGAUGAGCUUGAUGCAAAACGUGCAUACUUCCGUGCGUUGAAGUGUUUGGCUGUUGGCCGCUCACAUGCGAUCAGUGACCAUAUACCAAAUGCGCUGGCCUUGUAUGCUCGAGCACUUGAGUUGGCGGAAGCAGCCACAGCUACAUUGAAAGCAGCGUCCGCUGACCACAGUUCUGCACCACCAAAGCUCGACCUAUCGAUCCAGCGUCUCACGCAGACCACCGCCACCCUCAGCAAACUGGUCACUCAAUUCCGUGCCCUAGCUGACCUCGAAUCCCUCGCCAGAACAAGUCAGCCAACCCCGAAAGACACGGCCCAAGCAAACGCAAUUAAACCUGCACCUCUCAUCGAGCGUCUUUCACACAACGAAUACAUCCCAAACGUAGACCUAACCAAUCUCGUCAACUAUCCUCCCAAACUCCGCCCGGUCCCCGUCAAACCACUCUUCUUCGAUCUGGCAUGGAACUACAUCAAGUACCCAGGCGAAAAGGGACCCGAAGCCGAAGUCGGAGCAGCCGAAGACGUACAGAUGGGAGGAAUCGGGGAGGAAGUCAAUGGAACAGUCGACAAGAGCGAAGAGCAGCAGAAACCCGCGGCGAGAAAGGGAUGGUUUGGAUUUGGACGCUAA